GGCCAAAUAUGCACAUAUGAUUCAAAUGUGUUGAUUGUUGUUUUCCUUCUCUCUUUUUUGCAGCUCCAGGGAAUUGCUAAAGAGAUGAUGAAGGCUUGGCAAGCCGCCAAUACACCUUUUAAAAGAUGUCCAGUUUUGCUUGGAUAUUGGCUGUCCGUGAUGCUCCCGGUCCUGAUUCUGUGACCAAUGAGAAACACCUCUCUACAGAGUUGAUUACGAAAGCCAGAAAAGAGAUCUUGGCCGUACAAAACGAAAGAGCAAGAAAAAUCAGAAACAAGUAUUUUGCCAAGCGGAAAAAGUUGACAACUAUUCUGUCAGAGUCACAUCUGAUUGCUGCCGAUGUCAGGUUUGAUCCCAACAAGGAAGUCGAGGAAAAGAAUUAUCUGUCAGAGAAACAGAACAUCAAGGCUUACAUCAAAAGUGCAAAAGCACUUCUUGCUGAUAGAAAAGAGAUGGUGCUGAGGAUUGAGCUUGUGUAGGAUGCUCUCAAACAGAAAUGUUCUUCAGAGUACAUUGAAGGUAAAUAUCUAAGCUCGGUAGUUGGGUAGCACGGGCAUCUAUUUGCUGUCUGAAAUUAACCAUGAUGUUCUAUUUUGACUAGUCUUGCUUGGAGACGCUAAAAGGUCGGUGGCUGUUAUGAGGGCUGGUUCAGUUAACAAGGGUAUUCUCUUUGAUGGAGUUGACGUGGAUGUUGUUUUGAAGAACCUUCAGCAGGCCUGCAUAGACAAUGAAAUUGCUCGGGAGGAGCAACUCAAGAAGAAAAAUGCGCAAGUUAAGACAAAGACGCGCUCGGGCAAAGUGUGGCCUGCCGCAUCCAAUUGAUUGAGUCCACUUUUCUUUAGUUGCAAUUGUUGUGGUUAGGGGAGUCCGUGGGGGAUCAGCGCUGGAGCUUCCGAACGCUGAUUGAAUCGAUGCUUAGCUUGCUUUGCCAUCAAAUGCUGUACUGGGGGUAACUUUUUCUCUAGGUAGCUGGGAUAGUUGAUCUGGUAGUUUAUCUAAUCAGUUGUAAGAUGGAGUCUGAGCCGAGCCUUUGUUGGCAAUGCUUUUAGCUGCUUGGUCA